AUUUCAGUUUUGCCCAUAUCCCUUUUAUUUCAUUUACCAUUUUAAUACUCACGAGCUAUUCUCUUUGUUACAGAUAAACCAGUAAAUGAUCUACGGAAACGUUCCAAAACUACAAAAUGGUCGACUUAUAGCAGUCAGCGGCCGGGGACAUUUACUCGGAAGGUGGCGGUGGAAGCGGAAAGAUGUUAAUUCUGAUGAUCAUGUAUUUCAUCACGCUCCCAGUUCUGACAUCCAGGUUCGUCAGAGGCGACACGACAAUGGAUGAGAAACAACCGCAACCACUCAUCAGUUCCCGAGUAGUGAGGACUAAAUACGGAGAUCUCAGGGGAUUUAUAGUGACUCCAGAAUCCAGGUUCUUAGAACCAGUGGAAGUCUUUAGGGGCGUGCCCUAUGCAUCGCCCCCUGUAGGUUCUCUGAGGUUCAUGCCUCCAGUUUCCGGCGCGCAAUGGCCAGGCGUUAAAAUUGCCGAAGAUUUUAGUCCAGUUUGUCCCCAAGUGCUUCCUGACAUAAGGAAUGAGACCGCUGUGUUGAAGAGAAUAUCAAAAGGGAGGUUGGAGUACUUGAAGAGGAUACUGCCGUUCCUGACAAACCAGUCCGAAGACUGCUUGUACUUAAAUAUCUACGCUCCUGCUCAAGCAGGUGUAAGAGACGCUGUCGCCCGCUACCCAGUUCUGGUGUUCGUGCACGGCGAGAGCUACGAGUGGAGCUCCGGCAACCCGUACGACGGGACCGUGCUGGCGUCACACGCCGGGCUGGUUGUCGUCACUAUUAACUACAGACUGGGGAUCUUAGGUUUCCUCAACCCUCGUUCAGACGAGUACCCCCGCUCGCCAGCGAACUAUGGUCUUAUGGACCAGAUCGCGGCGCUUCACUGGAUCAAAGAGAAUGUCGCGGUCUUCGGAGGUGACCCUACAAAUGUGACUCUCAUGGGGCAUGGAACUGGAGCCGCCUGCGUUCAUUUCCUGCUUACUUCCUUAGCCGUGCCUGAAGGUUUACUCUUCCAUAGAGCCGUCCUAAUGUCGGGGUCGGGCCUCAGUCCGUGGUCACUGGUGGCCGACCCCAGCAAGUAUGCGGCGUUAGUCGCUACUCAUGCUAACUGUUCUCCAGAAUUAACACCGCCGGCUUUGCUGCGGUGUUUGCGCGAGCGGCCGCUAGAGGCGCUGCUGUCUGCGCCAGUGCAAGCACCCGACUUUGCCUACGCUUUCGGGCCUAGCGUCGACGGAGUUGUUAUAGACACCGGCGACCUGCUAGUGAACCCAGAGAAUGGGUACGAGUGGGGAGGUCAGACGGUCGCGCAUGCGCCGCUCGGCAAACAAGCGCAAAACGCCAUCAACAUCAUCAACGCGGUGCUGAUGAGGAAGAGCGCUGUUGCGCAGCUUACUAAGUACGACUUAAUGCUAGGAGUAACAAAAGCGGAAGCAUAUUUCGCUUUCAGCGGAGAUGACGUCCAAUACGGUAUCGAAGCCGACAGAAGAUCCAAGAUCUUGAAAUCCUUUGUAAGGAACACGUAUAGUUAUCACUUGUCGGAGAUUCUCGCGACUAUUAUUAACGAGUAUACUGACUGGGAACGGCCUGUGCAACAUCCGAUUAAUAUAAGGGACGAGACGCUGGAAGCCUUGAGCGAUGCCCAAGUUGUCGCCCCAAUGGUACUGACGGCGGACACACAUUCAGCACUCCGCAGAAAUUCGUACCUCUACGUGUUUGACUACCAGACCAAAUAUGGUGACUAUCCGCAGCGCCAAGGUUGCAUUCACGGUGAAGAGCUACCCUAUGUCUUCGGAGCCCCACUCGUGGGUGGACUGGCCCACUUUGCGAGAAACUACACGAAGGCUGAAGUGGCCUUGUCCGAGUCUGUUAUGCUGUACUGGGGCAACUUUGCUAAGACUGGAAAUCCCAAUGAAGCUCAAGAAAGUGAUCCGAUAAGAGCAGGCAGACAAGAAAGAGUAAGAAUGAAGAAUAUUGAAUGGACCGCGUACGAAGCAGUGCAUAAGAAAUAUUUGAAUAUUGAUACCAAAGCCAAAUUAAAAAAUCAUUACAGAGCUCAUAGACUAUCGUUCUGGUUGAACCUCGUACCAGAUCUUCACCGUCCAGGAGGUGAGGACGUACCUCCCUCUCAUCAUCAGCUAGAACACGAAGAAACGGCUCUUCAGCCGACUCUCAAAACAUUUAGCCCGCCAUUCAAAAAGACAACAGAUAUCAUUAUUACUGACACUGGACUCGCAACAAAGAUACCAGUUCUGGGAGUGCUCAAUAUUACUUCACCAUUAAACUUUAACAUUAUGGGUAUGAAUCCUCCGACUCAGAGUACUGCCAGUACCGAAGUUCAUAAAACUGAUGCUACUACUGCCACUACCCCUGAAGAUGGAUUCGCAGCAUAUUCCACGGCCUUAAGCGUAACCAUCGCUAUUGGAUGUUCUCUGCUUAUUCUCAAUGUUCUCAUAUUUGCCGGAGUGUACUACCAACGUGACAAAACAAGAAUGAAUGGACAAGACGGGCACACAAAUGGUGCUCACUUAAAAAAAAGAGUGGAAAACGGGCAGAUGCCGAACAACAUCUGUGGUGACUUAGAAGGAGCAUUAACUUAUCAAACUAGUUUGAAGAAUGACCCAGCUACAAUUUUAAGUCAUCAUCAUCACUCCCAUCAUCAGUUACCACCGCCUGAGUUUGCGGAUCUUCCAAGUAACAACGUUGCUGGUAUGGCAACGUUGCCGCGAGCACCUCCACCACCCAAGCUUGGGAAAAGUAAUAUAAAUACUUUAGCCAGCGGGCAGUUGCAAGAGAACCAGCCGUUGUUAUCAGCACAUCAGAUGCAAAUGAUAAACACGAGCACACUAACAAAGAAGAACACGCAACUGAACGCGAAGUCGAAUGUGACGAUGGAGGAGUUGCGAGUGUGACGUCAGCGUGCAUGACUGCAACGAGCCGGCAGUUGCAGCGACGUAGUCCACCAUGACGAGAUCGUGUGACUUGAGCCGGACCUUCUCAAGUGCGUCACAGAUUACAUAUAGACUUUACUGUGCCCCUUGAACUUUGAAGGUUAUUAAUAUUUAAGACAUUCGUUCUAAGAAAGACAAAGUGAACUGAAACAGUGACUUUCAACAAAACUCAAAGUGAAAUAUUGAACCAAGUGACGUUCGUGAUUAUCAUAUCUAAGACGUUGGAGUGUAUAGUGUGUUAUUGGACGAUUUAUCGAUGUAUAUGAUUGUAAAUAGCGAUAUACUUGUACAUAAUUUAGCAGCUCAGCCGCAUAUCCAUCCUAAUUACGAUUAUGGUAAUCUCAAAAAUAGUGAAAUUUAAAUAAAAUAUUAAAGGUUAAUCGUCGUUGUUUACGAACGGCUGUUAAAAUUUUAUGAAAUCAAAGCUAGUUUAGUUGUUACAGCGCCAUGUAACAAAUUGUUUCUUCAACGUUGUUUUACGCGCGAUUUAUAUCUAGAAUAUCUGACAGCGUAAUAAGCUUAUUCUCCGCGAGGCCCAGAUAAGGUUUCAUUGUAUUUAAGUGCAGCUAUUUGCCUUAAUAACGUCUAUUUAGAUGAUUAAACCCGAUACAAAGAUAUUGUAUAAAGCUGAAAACUUGAAAAAUGAAUUUUGUUUCUCUUUUAUCGUCCGCCCUUAAACUCGAAUCAGUGUAUUUUAUUAAUAGUUGAAACGGACAAAUUUAAGAGGGAACAGAGGGUCCUUGUUCAAGCCCUUUUGAUUUCAAAUAUAAUUUUCCUUUGAACGUCUUAAGUAAUAAAAUUUAGACCGUUCUCGUCCGUGACAUUUUUAGAAGUUUUAACAGCCGAUCGAACUUGAAUUUAAUAUUGAAUUUAAUAAAAACUAGAUAUUUGAAGAAUAAAGAGACACGAACGUAAUCUUCGCCAGACGUUUUAUUCGGAGUUAGAAGCAAUAAUGGUUCUUCGGAAAGUCAGUUUGUAAGCGAUUUAGUUUUGAUGAAUAAAAAGGUUUGCUCAAGAAACAGGUGGUCGUAUUGUAAAAUUGAUUGUAUAGACUAAGGUAUAUUUGUUAACACUAUUCUUUGUUGUGCCAGAUUAAUUUGAACUUUAAUGUUAAUACAUAAGGUACACAAUGAGUUAAUGGCUCAUUUUUUGAAUCGCCUGUUUCUUUAGUGACAUCAUUUUAGUUUCAACAUAGAUGGACCAAUAGUGUUUGUAAAUAUGUAAAUAGACUUAGGAAGCGGUAUAACAGGUUGUAAAACAUCCUAUUUUAUUUGGAUUUCGAACCACGACUGAUCCCAUUAAUUUUAAUGUUUUCAAUAACGUAAUUUAUUUAGCAAAUUAUAUUAUGGCUAGACUCAUAAUGUUGUAUGUUAGUGACAAAAUGAUUAUGAGUGCAGUCGGUGUUCAACUGUUUGACAACGAAGUCAACAUUUUACUGUAAAUAAGUUCUUUGUAAUUAUUUAUUUGUCCUUCAAUACAUACUCACACAAUUUUGUUGGAAGACGUAACUGUAUUUAUAGAUAUCAAUAAAGUCUGUACAAAGACUUCCUUAUAAAGUACUCACCGGGAUACAGACUAAAAAUUUU